CCGGGCCGGGAGGAUGAGCGCGGAGUGCAGCAGCUACGUGAGCGCGGAGCAGGUGGCAGUGAGCGGGUUCCGCUGCCCGCGGGCGGGCGGCGACGCGGGCGCCGUGUACUGCUGCGGCUUCCAGGACGUGAAGUACUGCUGCGAUGACCCGCACGGCUUCUUCCCCUACGAGCACAGCUACAUGUGGUGGCUCAGUGUUGGAGCCCUUGUUGGACUGUCAAUAGCAGCAGUGGUCCUGCUUGCUUUUAUCAUCACAGUGUGUGUUCUCUGUUAUUUGUUCAUCAGUACAAAGCCACGCAGCAAGCUGGAUACUGGUUUAAACUUACAGACGACAGACAGUGAGACUAGAGGGAGUUCUCUAUGUUAAAAACAGAGGCACUGGACUGGAUUCCACCCAAGCUCUCAUGAAAUAGGCAUUGACCCACAUCCGUUAGCAGGCACCAACCAAAGCAGUCCAUCAAUGGCACCGAACGGAUUCAGGAGAUAUUUUGUUAGCUGCAAGCUGGACUGUGACAGCCAGUCCUGGGAGCCUGACAGACUCUUCCAGACAGCUGUGACUACCAUUGAUAUCCAAGGGCCAGCAGGAAGCUGUGCCUAGUUUUGAGAUUCAUGUAGCCAUCAGUGAGCAGAUAUUGUACUGGAGCAAUGGUGUAUCUUGAUUUGCACAUUCAGCCAAAUGUUCCUAAAUGAUUGGUGUAACUUUUGCUCUUACUUGUUCAUCUCCAGUGAGAUCAGAGGCAUGUGUCAGAGCAGAACGCGGCCUCUAUACUGGACAGCCUACUUUCUUUCAAGCUUCCUCAGUGCACCAUCCUAAUGCUGUGUUUAUUUGUUGUUUUGAGGUGUCCUUACACAGCGAAUACAUCCUUCUGUAGCUAAAUAUGCUAGUUUGCCUUGCAAGCAUAUGUGAAAACAGCACCUUAAUAAAAAUUGGUCAUUUCCUUG